GCCUCCACUUCAUAUUUUGCUUCGACGGUAGUAGUGUCCUUGGGCACACGAUGGGCAGGAGACUGCCGGCGCUGUGUGGCGGCGGCGGCGGCCGGGCGGCGACGACGCGGGUGAGGAGGAAGCGGGUGCAGCGGGCGGCCUACUCCUCCCCGCCCUCCAAGCUCGCCGUGGCGGCGCUGGCCGGGGCCGGCGGCGGCAAGGCCGGUAAUAAGGGUAGUAGUCCACUAGGAGUUGGAGGGUGCUACGUCGAUGGCAACGGCGCGCUGAUGGUGGAGGUGGGCGGCGCCGGCGCGGCGGGGGCCAGGAAGAAGGACGGCGGCGGGCGGCGGGUGAUGGUGCUGGCGGACGGCCGCGCCGAGGCGGCGGGCGCGCUGCAGUGGGCGCUGUCGCAGGCCGUCCGGAGCAACGACACCGUCGUCCUCCUCACCGUCCUCAAGCCGGUCACCCAAGACGCUGUUAGUGAUUCUUGCGUGAAGAUGCUGGGGACGAAGAGCCAGCAGCACCUCGACGCGUUGAAGAUCCUGUGCGAAUCAACAAGGCCAGAGGUGAAGGUGGAGACGUGCGCGGUGGAGGCCGAGGAGCGCGCGCCGGCGGUGGUGGAGGCGGCGAGGCGGCACGGCGCGUCGCUGCUCGUGCUGGGCCAGCGCCGGCGCCGCGCGGUGGCGCGGUGGCUGCAGGCGCUGUGGCGGCGGAGGCGGCGCGGGGGCUCCCCCGGCGGCGGCGGCGGGAUGGUGGAGCACUGCAUCGAGCACGCGCCGUGCGCGGCGCUGGCCGUGCGGCGGAGGAGCUCCGGCGGUUACCUCGUCUCCAGCAAGCGCCACAAGGACUUUUGGCUCCUCGCCUAGUCCAACAACUCAUUACCGAUCGGCAGCUUCCUCUUCUCUUGAAAUGGAAAAAGAAAUUGUCAGCUGGUAGUAGCUUAAUCAUGAGCGAGUUCGGCUAUCAUCUGGCUGGUGAUGCUGCAAAGCAAUCCAACGGCAAACAGUUAACCAAACUGCACGUUGAUUCAAACGACUGUUCGGUGUGGUGUGUAAAAGUAAAACACUCCAUUUUCUGCCCAAAA